AUGAGCACCAACAGCAACAACACUACAAGCAAUAGUAGUAAUAGGGGCAAGAGAAAGCGUCAGUACUUGACAACUGCUCACAACAACUUGAAAUGGCAACCGAAACGUGGAGGUCCAGGAGUCCUCGUCACGUGUGACACUGGAAGAGAUGGGAAAGCAAAGAGAGAAGGAUUGGAAAUUCUAGAGUACUAUCUAGAGAAGCAAGCAACUAAAACAAGUUCAAAGGAAGAAACUAAAAAUGAAGAAAGUAAAAGUGAAAAAGAUGACAAAAAAUUGAGUUUGGAAGAAGAAUUGGCGGAACUCAAAGAGUCUGCCAAUGACAAUAGCAACUCAAACAGCAAUGACAAUGACAAAAAGAAGAGUAAAAGAAAGAAUGUCAAGAAACCCUUUGCUCACUAUGACACUGGCUGUAAAGGAAACGUGAUGAUCCUGUGCAUGCUCCCAAAUCCUAAUCUCAUUCCAAGUAUCAAUACUACAAAUAAUAGUAACUCCAAGCCAGAAACUGAAACUGAAGAUCCACCAAUUGAAGAUGGAAAGGAGCAAAGUGAAGACAAAAAUAAAAAGGCCAAGACAUCACCUACAAAGGAAGAGGAAGAAAAAGGUGAAGCAGCAGAUGCAACCACUGUCAGUGCUAGUCAAACUACUAGUAGUAAUACUGCCAAUGCCAAUCCCCCCUGGGAUCCCCUGGCCACAGUGCGGCAAGUCAUGACCGACAUUCAGGAUGAAACCACCAAAAACAUUCCAGGAUCCAGAUUCAUUCGACGCAUGAUUCCCUUACAAGCUACUUGCUUUGCCUCCCUCGAAGAAAUCAAACUCACCUUUCGUUCCAUUCUCGAUCAUCUCGUACUUCCAAACUUGCCAAACGACAAGAAGGACGUCACGUUUGCCAUUCACUUCAAGAAACGAAAUUGUGGACACUUGACACGCGAUCAAGUCAUUCACGAAAUUGGAAACCAAGUCGAUCAAGCUACGGGUGAAGGGUGGAAGGUCAAUCUCGCACAACCCGAUAUUCGCAUUCAAAUUGAAAUUUGCAAAACACUCUGUGGCAUGGCCGUAUUGCAAGCCAGUCAAUGCGACAACUUACUCGCAAAGUACAAUUUCAAUGUCACCGAUCUACGAACGCAAGCCAGAGAACAACAGCAAGGAACGCAAGACCAAACUACGAACCAAGACGACAAGUAG